GAAAUUAACAAAUAUCUCAUCGCAAUGUCAAAGAAUGCAUGUCAUUCCUCCAACGACAUCUUUCUUUAAGAUCAAAUAUGUUAAAAAGGUAAGACAAUUUGUAUGGAGCUAGGCUGAUCUAGCAAAUGAAUGUUUUUUUAUUAAUUAAAUGCUUAAUUUUCAGAAAGAAGAAAAGUAAUAUUGUGGCUUUAUUGAUUUGCAUGUCGAUUUCUUUUCCCUUUUCAAAGCACGACUUUCUUAAAUUUGGAAUAUUGGCGUAAAACUUGCAAAGUCAACUUUACAAGUUGCUUACUAAAGUAUUGGCGUAUUCAACUAAAGUACCGAAGUACAUAACUGAACAUAAACUCGUAAUUUGCAGUGUUUUACUAAUAUGGCCAACAUUGAAGAAUUGUUUACUAAAUACAUUUAAUUUGUUGGCUAUGUAUUUAUUAGUAAAACACUACAAAUUACGAGUUUAUGUUCAGCACUUCAGAGGGGCCCCCCAAAUGCUGGAAUAUUGUGAAAAACGUAUUUUUAACCCCGUUUUAUUAUUAUUAUUAUUAUUAUUAGUCUUUAAUGAAACAGAAGAUAAAAAUACAUAUCUUAAGUUACAAUUCAUAUUACAGUAUAUGCAUUAUUUACACUUUGCUAAAAAGAAACUUACAAUGUUUAAUCAUAUUGUAGUUCAUACUAUAUACAUUACUCAUUCGUUCAUACUGUGUGUCUUGCUAUAGAGAUAACUUGCAAUGUUUAAUCAAUAACUAAGUCAUAAUUGUAUACCAAACGGUUUACAAACACGUUUUUAAAACGUUCCGUUCUAACUUUCGGCCUAUGACUUCUUCUUUUUCUUAAGUUGUAGCCUGUUUCUUUAGCGUGUGGCAUUAGUGACAAUAAUGGAUGCUGCCAGAGUUUAGAUACUCUAUUAAAUAUGGUUCGAUCUUGUUUUUCUAAAAGCUUAUACACACUAACUGGCUUUGACGUAUAUUUCCUUUUAUAGCAACGUUUAAGAAAGACUUCAAUAGGAGUUAAAUCGGAUUUGGAAGCGGCAUAAACAGAUAAUGCGUAUGUUAUGUUUGGUAAUACCAGAGUAUCAAACAAUAGAUCUAUCUCUUGUUGUGAAUAACCUUCCUUUCGCAAUGAUCGUAAGAUAUAAAGACACUUAUUUGCCUUGAUUAAUUUGUUUUUAACAUGUUCGCCAAAUUUGCCAUCACACUGGAAUGUAACUCCCAUCACUUUCACUGCUUUACACAUUGGAAUCAUUGCUAUUGGUGAGAAAUAUUCUUGGUUACCUUGCUUGUAGAUGGUCAUCUCUUUACACUUUCCUGGAUUACAUAUCAUCUUAUUUCUAGAUGUCCAAUCCAAAAACUGUGACACCAAAAAAUCAGCACAAUCUCGCUCUUUCCAAACUGGAGCCACAAUAUUGGAGUCAUCCGCAUACUUGAACAAUAUAUCAAGACCGUCCAAUUCUAAGUUUAAAUCAUUCAGGAAAAUGUUAAAAAGAUGUGGCCCACUGACACUCCCUUGAGUGGUGCCUCUAUUGACACAUUUCCAUUCACCCUCAUAUCCAUUGUAGCAUAUUCUUUGUUUUCUGUCCUUCAAGAAACUGAGGUACCAGUUAAUAAUAUACGGGUUAAGUGGGAAAGCUUUUAAUUUACUUGCAAGUAGAUCGUGCUUAACUGAAUCGAAGGCCUUACUAAAGUCCAUGGUGAACAGUCGGACUGCUCUACAGUCUGGAUCGUCCAUAUAACUGUUUAUCCUAUGUUGCAUGGCUAAAAGGGCGCAAGUACAGUUUCCACCGGCCCUAUAUGCAAACUGCGUGCGGCUUAGAUUAUUCUCCACAACAUCACGAACAUGGGUGUCAUAUACAAUUCUCUCGAAUGCCCUAGCUAUCACCGGCGUUAUACUAAUGCCCCGAUAAUCCUGAUUUUCAUUCGGCAUUUCUACUUUUGCAAGGGGAUUUACAUUUGAUCGCUUCCAUGCCGAAGGCCAGCUUUGGGUAGAUAAUGAUAGAUUCCACACUCUUGUGAUUACUGGGGUUAAUAUCUCUUUGUGUUCUUUCCAGAUCCAGUAUGGAAUUUGAUCUGGUCCUGUUGCAGUUUUCGUAAGAGCUUUAAGGAUAUUCCAUACUUGCAAUUCACUAACUCUUGGUGUUUCGACUUCACUUUCAAUUCGCAAUGGUGUUGGUUCAACAUAUGUGUCAUCAGAGCAUAACUUAGCAAAGUAAUCAUUUAGAUCUGACAAUCUAGUGUUAUCUAGAAUCGCUCUAUCUUGUUUUUUACGUUGACUCAGGGCAUCAGUCAUUUUCCACCAUGCCUUACUUCCUAAUGGGGUGGUCUUGCAUUUCCUCCUAUUCUCCGAUAUGACUUCUGAUAUUCGUUUGUUAAUUUCCUUUAACCUGUCCUUGUUCAGCUCGGAUAUCCUUGACUUUGCUCUAAUCAUCGACUUUAAUAGCGGGGUCAUCCACACGGGGUCACGUGACGACAUUGAUAUUGUCCUAACCGUUAUUUAUCCAAUAACGGUUAGGAAAAAUCUAACCCCCCCCCCAAAAAAAGUGAAGGGGACCCAAAAUUUUGUGUUCACCCCCUCCCCAAAGACAUCGGUCGGCACGGCCCUGUCAGUAGUUCGGUAUACUUUAGUAAGCAACUUGCGAAGUUGACUUUGCAAGUUUCACGCCCAAUAUUCCAUGUUUCGAACGUAAUUGGGAAUAUUCACAACAAACUUGGGAGCCGCGUUUUGAAUACUAUGAUCUUUCGUUUUUGUGCGCGAAAGAAAGUACUAUAAUUAAUACUUGGAUUGUGUUCCUGUUUUUAUAACAGGAUAGACUUGUUCCUGGAUUCUUUAUGGAAAUUGCAGUUGAGUUUACUCCAACAGAAUGGCGAUAUUAUUAUGACUGUAUCAGAAUUCAUUGCCAGGUAAAAUAGUAGAAAUCAUUUUUUAUAUAAAAUGCAUGAAUAGAAUAAAAUAAAAAGUACGAUUCGUCUACUUUCACUUUCCAAACGACAACGCGAUAUAAUAAUAAUAUUUUAACCUAUUGAGCCGCAAUGCGCCCCAGUGCACCCUACUUAUUUUUUUUUACUUCUCUAAUGCCAGACGAUUUUACUCGUCAAUGGGGAAGCUCCGCAGCUUUAAUAAUGGGUUAAUGAUAUGUUAAAUGUAUAUUAAUUAAUAUAAUUGUCAGUUAAUUUAUAUUAAUUAAUAUAUACUAACUCAUUAUUGAUGAAAUAAGUAUAGUUUGCCAAAAAGUCAAUUUUAAAAAGGUCUUCGCCUUAGGUUCCAUUCCCACCACGGUAAAGCAAUUUUUCAGCUUGCUCAGUGCAGAGACACUCAUAUUUAUAAUAUAUUCAAUCUAUAUUAAUUAAUAUAAUUAUUAAUUAAUGAAUAUUAAUUAAUAUAUACUAACUCAUUAUAUUAGCUCAUUGCAUAUAUGAUUGCGCAUGGUUGAUGAAAUAAGUAUAGUUUGCCAAAAGGUCAAUUAAAGGUCUUGGCCUUGGGUUCCAUUCCCACCACGGUAAAGCAAUUUUUCAGCUUGCCCGGUGCAGAGACACUCAUAUUAAUAAUAUAUUCAAUGUAUAUUAACUAAUUUUAUUAUUAAUUAAUGAAUAUUAAUAACUCAUUAUAUUAGCUCAUUAGAUAUAUGAUAGUGUAUGGUUUAUGAAAUAAGUAGUUUGAGAAAACAGAAAAGUUUUCAACUUAUUCUGUCUGUACGCUCAUGGCUACUGAAUAAUAAACACAAAAACGUGUUAAUCAUUAUUGUGUUCACUGUAGUUGUGAAACCAUUCCUAUAUCAAUAAUUAAGUGAUCGUAUGCUUUCUCUUCCAGUCCAAUGAAAAUCUUAUUGUUCCACUUCAUGGUUAUCCUGCUUUGAAUCUCUCAGAUUUUCCAAGAAAACUUGACUUUGGUAGAGUCGCUGUUGGCGAGAGGUACACUACAUAUCUUGUACAUUAUUAUUGAUCACCUAUUUUGUGCUUAACUAUAACGGUUUGAAUUUGUCAAAAUUGCAUGAUCUGCAUAAAUUAAGUUUAAUAAUUUAAGUAUAAGAUUGUAUGUCAUACAGUAUAAGUUUUAAUUUGUGAAAAUUCUGGCUUGCAAGGUUGUACAAUAACUGUCUUGUGCAGCUUACAAGUUUAAACACUACAUGAACUUCCUGUUUGUCGUUUUAGUGAAAUGAAAAACAUCUCUCUGAAAUCAGACGUACCUGUAGACUUUGAGUACAAAAUAAAUCUUCUCCAGUCUAUCCCUGCCAUUCAGGUGGAGCCACGACAAGGUAACUAACUUUCUUUGCACCAAUUUUACCAUGCGGGAAAUAUACAUUAAAUGGAUGAAUUAAUGGAUAUAAACGUCAUUCUAACGUAAGUACUUCAUUCUUACCUUCAUUCAACGUCAUUCUAACGUACUUGCUGUAAGAAAUGUGUAUUUAACCCUUAAUUCCUCUUGAAGGUGAAGUCAUCUAUAAGUGUCAAACCUAGAUAAAUGAUGAAAUUGCACGAGAGUGCAUUACAAUUUAAUGUUAAGAAAGACAACAAUGAAAAGAUAUUUUGAUUAACCCAUUACAGGUAAACUACGUAAAGCGUUCCUCUUUUGAGUUCCUAACUUGAUUGCAAUUUUCCUCAUUACGUUUGCAAAUUUGAAAAACUCCCUUGAGGGAAUUUGCAAUGUUCCUUUCGGCUGGAAGUUAGGAACUUGUAUAACAGGAAAUCCCCUUUUAGGAACAUUUCAAAUUCCCUCAAGGGAUUUGCAAGGGAGUUUUACACAUUUGCAAAGGUGAUGCGGAAAAUUGCAAUCAAGUCAGGAACUCAAACGAGGAACGCUUGACGUAGUUUACCUGUAAUACGCCAGAGCCUUCCCUUGGACUAGUGGGAAUAAUGGUCUCGCAGCUAGAACAAUUUUGUCAUGAAUGUAAAUGAAAAGAUUGCAUUUUCAUCAUAGCACGUUUAACAAAAAUUGGUAUGCCGUACAAUGGAUACUGCGUAUUGUGAAUGCAACUAAUUUUCUUAUUCAUCUAAGGUGUGAUACCUGGUAUUGGUUCAUUAGACAUCAAAGUGACUUUUAGUCCAACAGAAUUCUGUACAGUUCACAGUAAAUUACAGGUAAAUUUAGUUGCCAGUCUUGCAUAUAUGUUUUUAGGGCGGACCAUUAGAAAAGUGAUGGAGCAAGCAGGGGAAACAGACUUUCAAUAGGGAAAAUUAUAAGUUGAAAUAAAAAAAUAUUCGUGCAAGGCAUUAUAUUUAAAAAAUUAUCGACACAAGCAAAAAAUUUAAAAAAAAAUAUUCGUACAAGUUGAAAAGUUUCCCCCCCCCCCCAUCACUUUUCUAAUGGUCCGCCCCUUAGCAGGAUAUAUUCAAUAAAAAUGCCAAAUUAGAAUGUAUAUGCAUAAAGGCCCAUUUACACGACACGUCUGGUCGUACGUGCACAUACGAUUGUUAUUCUGGUGUAUGAAAACGACUGCUGACACCAACAAGUAUCGUAUAUGAUUAAUCGUAUUGUGUGGAUGGUCCUUAACUAUUGUGUGAUAUCAAAUAUUAAAAAUAGAAACAAUUAUAAACUUUUGAAUGCGCUACUGUGAUCUACUGUAUUUCUUUGCUGACGUCAGUUUCACCAUUUCUUUCAGCUGCUGAUAUCACAAUUUAAUGCUUCACCACGAACGUGCCACAUCACUGGAUGUUCAGCACCCGGGCUGAAACUAAAGUAAGCUUACUCUAAAAACAUAUGUCAGUAUAUACCACUCUUCAAAGCGAUUAACCUGAGUAUCGCAGGUUACAAAGCGAUAGGAUCUUAUACAGUAAGAUCUCUGAUGGCAGUUGUUGCUGCAUGCAUGAUUGCAUGUAAUCUGGCAAAAGCAGGCUUUCUUGCCAUCCUACGUUUCCUACUUUUUCCUACUUUUCUUCAACUUUCCUACUUUUCCUAUUUUUUAUUAAAAAUUGCUUGAUUUUCCUACUUUUUCCUACUUUUUCUCAUAAAAUCCUACUUUUUUAAGACAGCUUGGGAGAUCAGUAUGUUAUAGCUCUCGCAAUUAGACCUAUAGGACUCGUAGUUUUUAUUGCCUAGCAUCUCUAGAAUCAUAAUCAAUAAAUUAAUGAAGACUCUGAAAGUGCCAUUUCCGACGAUCUAGAGAUUCCAAAUAUUCAACUCCCCCCUCCCUCAGUUAAUCAAGCAUCAUAUACACCAGGGCCGUAGCAACCGGGGGGGGGGGGCUGCAGGUCCUCGAUAAUUUGCUAAUAAUCAUUUUUUUCAAAAUCAUGCAGACCUUUAUCAUUUAAUCCAUGACAUGCAAACUGCAAAGAAUGAAGAUAUUACCCAUACUUUCCUAGUGCAACUUAUCGAAUGUAUAGUUAAUUAAAUUGUAAAUUUCGACAUACUAAAACGCUGUUUUCUGACCAUUAGAAUUCUGUCAAAUCUUCCCCAAAGUCCAGGAAAUGGCAUUUCAGAGACUCUAAAUUUAAAAAUCUCCUCACUUUCAGCCCCCCACCCCCAAUCGAAAAGAGCUUCCUACGGCCCUCAUAUACGCUCCUGCCGAAGUGUGGAUUGGUGCAUUGUGUAGCCCAAUACAUGCAUUUGAAUUGUGUUGCUGCAGAGCAGAAUGAGCAGAUGCCUUAGCUUUUAUAGCGAUGCAAUUUAAAAGUUUUGAGAAAAAAGUCCUGCAUAGAUGAAUGGGUACAUAAAAAUAUUGAGCACCAAAAAUUCAUACAACUUCCCCAUCAGAUAUCUAAUGGUCUACCCCUUACCACAUAUAUCUUAGGAGGCCAAUUUUGUAUAUUUUUGUGUUAUUUGCAUCUCCGAAACUCCUACUUUUGUCCUACUUUUCUACACAUUUUCCUACUUUAUUCCUACUUUUCCUAAAAUUCUAGUCCUACUUUUGUCCUACUUUUCUACAAAAGGAUGCCAGAAAGCCUGCAAAAGCAAUAAAGUUAUAAGACACAAAGUAUGUUUUAUAUGAUAAAUGGCACUACAUGUAUUGCAGACUUUUAAAUAACGUUUUCUAGAUUAAAAUAGUGUAAAUAAACAUAACAAAUUUCAUAAACAGACUUUGGCAUGUCGUCAUCUAUAUAAUCUGACUCACUUGCACCUUCAAAUAUUGUAUAGAUUGUUAGAAACAAAGAAUGGAGAUAUUGGACAACAUUCAGAAUCGUCAAAAAGAACCACGAUCAGCAAGCCCCUUGAUCCUGCCUCUAUUGAUCCAUUGUACAGAUCAAGACUAAAGAAACAAGGGAAACCUCAACAAACAUUUGCUAUGAGUGAUAAGAAUGAGGUAAAACUAUCAACACGUUUAGGGCAAUUUUGUUUGUAGUAUAGUGUUAGCUUAUAAGCUAUGUAAUUUUAUUAAAACUAUUAUUAAUCUACCGUACUCGUGUUGAUAUCACUAUGCAUGUACAUGUUUCUGUACUGUUCAAGACUCUACAUUGCCGUACUUGCAGUGGCGAAGCCAGCCCGACAAUUUGGUCAUGCUAUGCAAAUAUUUCCGUGUUCAUACACCAUGAAAACAAUCAAUUUCUAAAGAAAUGAAUAAUGAUAAUGAUUUGAAAUUUGCAUAGCAUGACCAAAUUGUCGGGCUGGCUUCGCCACUGCGUACUUGUCAGAACUAUAGUGGAGUACUGGAUUAACUCAUUAAGUUGCAUUGCACCCCAAUGGGCCCUAUUUUAUUAUUUUGCUUUCUCUAACGCCGGACGAUUUUACUCGUCAAAGCUAGAGCGCUGGGGCUCAAUGCCAAUGGGUUAAAUAUAGAUAUCUCCCGAAAGUUUAUCACAUACUUUAUAUUUAUUUAUAUUUUGUAGGAGAUAAUUCGUAAUGGUAUAAGGUUUCCGAAGAAUUUAGUCACACCAAGUGCUGUAUCGUAUGUUCUACAACAACAACCAGGGAAACUUAAAGCCAAAGAUGUUAGACAAGGUAAAGUAAAUACAGUGUACCGGAGGUCCCCCAAAAAACUGGACACUGUUUGAUUUCAUGUAACGUAAAAGCUAUAAAAGCUAUCGCAACGAAAUAAAGAUCAUUGCAUUCAGAAAGGACUGACUUAGAUUUUGAUAUAUAACACUUGAAUUUACAUGCAAUAUUGGGCGAGAUACAACCAACAUAAAAAUAUUUAUUAUUUAACAAGUAUAACUAGUACAUCGAUAAUUAUAAGGUUGUUUUAUGCUAAUUUUUGACAUUUUCAAAAUCAAUAGUUCAAACAUCAAUAGCGCAGUCAAUAUUGCAUGUAAAUUCAAGUGCUAUAUAUCAAAAUUUAAGUUAGUCCUUUCUGAAUGCAAUGAUCUUUAUGUCAUAUAGCUUUUACGUUACAUGAAAUCAGACAGUGUCCACUUUUUUUGAACACCCUGUAUAUCCUGUAUAGGUGGGUUUCACUAAACACUGUCCAGGGCUUUAUCAAAGCACUUUUGCUGACCCCCGUUUUAGAAAAGAAGAUUCAGUUUUGGUGACGAUUUUGAAAAAUAAACCCAGCUCAAAUAACCCUGUUUCUCGGAAUUCCAAAAACUAUCAAGCGAGUGAAAAUGAUUUUUUAUUGCUUUUUCUUUUCGUUGGGGAAAAGAUUAAGUUUAAAAACUCAAUCCAAGAUUGAGUUUUGACUUCCGUUUACCGAAGGUCAGUUGGUGCUUGGAUAAAACCCUGACUGUCGUGCAACAGAUGAUGAUCAACUGGGGGUUAUCAGUAUGAAAGAAUAAUCAAUGCAUUUCUUUUCAUUAUAAUGUUGUAGUGGACUUGUAUUUGCUGCUCAGCAAAUAAAAAAUUGAGAGGUUUGGUUUAAUUUUAAUUAAACACAAAACAACAAGGACAAUAGACACUUCGUAAAUUGCAUAUUUUAAUGUAAUUUUUAACUCUACGUUUUAACUAUUUAUUUACAGUCAUCUUCAGAGGAAUACUCUAUACAACCGUACAUUUUGGGUUAAUUCGCUUGCUCGAAUUGUAACGCAAACUGUAUAUGUGUGAAUUUGUAGUACGAUUGAAAGUAGCCAAAUAAUUCAAUUUAAAAUCUCUAAAAAUAUCCACUUUGUAAAAUACGUAAACAUUGAUUGGUGUAUAGCGCAGUGAAGCGGCAUACUAUUCUUCACCUUCAUAAAGUUUUUUCAGAGUUCACUCGACCCAGUCUUUCGCACGAUCUGUAUAUUGUCGCAACGGGACGCAACCUCGAUUUUGCGUCGGUCGGUUGUUUUUAGAUGGGUGUCGGUCUGGAUGUUUUGCGUUACAGCUUGCGCUAAUUACUCGCUGGCGCACCUGUGCCCGGACGAGUAUAGGUUUCGGCUUGCAUUUGUCACGGAUCACGGAUCUCCAAUCGUCGAUAGCCACAAAAUAGAAUAAUAAUGAGCUGCUUGAUCCUUUUCAAAAUGGCGGGGCCUUUCGUGGAGUGGGCAAAAUGUUUCAAACAAUUCCGGGCCCCAUUUCGUGAAACUUUUGGCCGAAUUGUACCUGUUUUCUAUGGAUUUUGCUUUGUGUCUAACUCUGGACAUUCAUCCUAGUUUAUUUAAUGCGUUUUUCUUGGUGCACGACUCUGAAAAUCCGAAAUUUGGAUCGUUGAAUUCCCGUGCACGAUCAUAAUAUACCGAAUCUGAAUAUAAAGGAGCCAAAGACAAUUUCAAGGUAAAAGGUUAUUCAUUAAAACUACGUUGUGCAGUUUAAAUUAUAACUACUUUAUGAGAAGCAUAUUGGUGUCAUAUCAAUAUAAAAUUUAUCGAACAACAGUCCGUGAAAACUGUCUGUAGUGUACUCAGUGCGAAACAUGAUAUUGUAUCUGUAAUGCCUCUUAUAAAUGGCGCAAUAAGGAUAAAAAUACGACCGUUCGAUUCAGCGUAAGAAAUUGUACUUACAGAUGUAAAUUGUAUUACUAAACAGCAGUAUUCUAGCGAUUUAUGGUCUUUGAUAAUCAAGCGAAAUUGUAUUGUUGACAUCAAAUCACUCGCAGUACGUUUGUCCUUGACCUUGUAUUUGUAUUGCCUAAUUAAUGGCGCAAUAAGAAUAAAAAUACCAACGUUCGAUUCAGCGUAAGAAAUUGUACUUACGGAUGGGAAAUUGUACCUACGGAUGUCAAAUGUAUUACUAAACAACUGACAACAGUAUUCUAGCGAUUUAUGGCCUCUGACUUUGUCUUUGAAAUUCAAGCGAAAUUGUGUUAUUUGUUGACAAAUCGCUCAAAUUAUAAAAGAUGCAGUACGUUUGAUCCUUGAUAACUGUGGUAUCAUUGGUUUUCUCUUUUUCGGCCGUACACCAGUGGAUUCGUCUCACUUCUCUCUUCAUUUUGAUAAUAUUUUGAGCCCAAAAGCCCCCCAAAUAUUUUAUUUUGAACGUUUUAAACUGGCGGCCGACAGAAGAAUGUAGCGUACUAUAAAAUAUAACUUUACUUGUUGGCAUAAACGCCGGAAGUUUCCCCUUAGCUCGGGGCCAGGCUUAAUUUCCACACCAGGCUUAAUAUACGCACGUAAAACUUUAAAUUUGUAAAAUAACCAAAUAAAUAAAGCAACAGAAUUUACUGCUCCUCAAGUUUUAGUAUGAAUUUGUUAACUUAUUUGUAAAAUAUUUAAAAAUAGAAGGAUUCAAAGUUUUACGUGCGUGUACGUGCGUACGAAAAACGCAACAGUGCCAGUGGAAAUUAGCCUUUAGAUCUUAACAGUAAUGUGCGUCAGUUGUGUAGCCCCAGCGAGUUCACGCUCCACAGAGCGUCUUGUUCCAAUUAGCAAACGUAAUGAACGGAUGUCGAAAUUAUUCAGCACGCGCGUAUUAUGUUUCCAUUUGGUGGCGCUAAUUAUCUGAAAUCUCACUGGACUAAAUUGUACUUUCAAGAGCAAUACGUGUAAAAUGUAUUUGCUUAAAAUCAUAUAAUCAAGGGCACAAACAUUUAAAUACUCAUUCUAGUGAAGAGCCGUGCUCCUCCACGGGCGCCUUAAUUUAAACAACACGAAAUAGCCCCAAUAUAUGCCCCGUCACAGAGGCCCAGUAGUUUUCCCGAUCAAUCUAAUGAGAGCGUCAAGUUUGACGCAGCACUUUCUAUGCGAUAGUAACUUCUAGUAUUACUUAGCAGUACAUCGUACAUAAUAUCCAUACAUGCACUGUUAAUAUUACAAUUUUUGUAUCCUACACAGUUGUACCUGGUGAAAUUACAGGAUUUUCUUCAUCUAAAGAUAUCUUACUUAAAUUGUAGUCGCAUACUUGCACAAUGUCGAGGUUGAAGGUUGCAGGCAGUUGACUGAAAUGCAGAACUUGUAAUUCUUCAUAUUUGUUCUGUUUUAGCUGUGAAGGAAAAGAAGGACAUUCCACUUAGCACCAAACAACUUAAGGUACAACUUUAACAGCAGAACGUUCUUUAUAACUGUUUUGUUUUAUGGAAACACCACGUUUAUUUAUAUUUGGCAAACCUUUCAAUCCGUAAGCCCUUCACCAUGCAAAGUUGCAAAACAUUCUCAGCACAAAAUUCCCAUCAGUGCAAACGGGGCGCACACGCUACAAUUUUAGCCGGUAUGGUUUAGAGUCAUGUUAAUACAAGAAACAGUUAAUCGCUUGAUCUGUGGCCUCUCGCGUCUCUGCGUUGGUUUCGUUACACACCACACAAGUAAACCAUAACUGGGUCGACCAAAAUCGUAGCGUGUGCGUCCAGGUUAACGAUAACAAUUGCAUGUUAUCUCCUUUACUUCAGGAAACUGUAUUUGAGUACAAAGUACAACAAAAUAUAACUGAAGAAAGACAGAAUCAGUUAAGAUGGUAAGUAAAUUGUAGUAUUUAAUACACUGUAAGGCGAGACUUUUUUAUUCAUUGCUUUACGAAUCCGCCGACCGUAAAUAUUCAGAAAGUGAAGAAUAAAAAAAAAAUUGAUGUCAACAAUUUUACGAUUUUAGUUAAGUUUAGUUAAUUUGGGAUUCUGACAUGAAGUACACGCCAAGUAAACUUUGACUCUAAGUACUGCGGCUCAUGUUAUCGUUGUGAUCAGCGUUGCCAAGUCCAGGAUUUUAUCCCGAGAUCUCGGGAUUUUUUGAAGCAGUUGGGAUUUUUAUUUUAAAAAGUCAAUCUCGGGAUUUUUUUUGGAUUUUUUGAGAAAGGGAAGUUCGAAAUUUAGAAGUCAAUAAUUGACCAGUAAACAAUUUUGUUAAAAACCAGGGUUCGUCCGCUCGUAUUUAAACCCUAUUGAGCUGCAUAUCUGAUGUCAGAUUUCGUUUUUACAACAUGACGUACAAGGCUAUCCCACUCGAAAUUGGCGCGAAAACCACCUAAAUUAUAAUGACGUAAAAUAGUGUGAAUAUCGGGAUUUUUUAGGGAAUCUCGGGAUAUUUUGGGAGCUUAGGAACCAGUCAACUGCUAGGGUGGGCUGGAGUGAUUUGGGAUGGGCCAUGGAAAAUCUUUGAGCAGUUUCGAUGGGCCGCCAAUUUUUUGGCAUGUCCACGGUUGGGUCACCAAAAAAAACCCAUGUUAAUUCUAUAUUAUAUAAAGAUAUUAAUAAUAAAAGUAAACAAAACUAUCCAAAUUAUCAAAUGCAAAUACGAUGCUAUUGAAGCCAGUACUUUGUUUUAUACAACAAGAAGAAGUGAUCGAAUCAGUGGUGAUGAAUGUGUUCGUCAAGCUUGGUGGAAUUAUGUAUGUCAAUACAGUGCCGGUGUAUAUUUACAAUGUUCAUACCUGCAAGUUUUUUUUGUUAUAAAAGUGUAUUUUCCCAAUUUAGAUUGGGUGGGUGGGUCAUGAAAUAAAUUUAGCAAGAUUAGAUGGGCUUUGAAAUUUUUAUCUACAUCCUAAGAUGGGUCACCAAACUUAUUGGCAAAAUUUGUGAUUUACCUCCAGCUCACCCUAGCAGUUACUUUAUGACCAGUCCCUUACUUGGGAUUUUUACAAAUUGGCAACGCUGGUUGUGAUAAUAAUGUGGAGAUUAGCCAUGUUUUUUCAAGUAGAAGUUAAAUGUUUAGUACACGCGUUGAGAAAAAUUGAGAAAAUCAGCAACUUGUUCCAGGUUGAUAUCAACAGGCGUGAACAAGGUUGUGCGGCCCACUAUGAACAGUAUUGUCAACAUGUUGUUACAGCAUUGUUCAACUGUAACAACUUGGAACAACAUGGUUGACAACUUGUUCAUAGUUGGCCGCACAAGAUUGUUCACGCCUGUCGAGUGUCGAUAUCAACUUGGAACAACAUGUGCGUUUUUAGCCGUGUAGAUAAAAACAUCGAUUUUAAAUAUACUCAGUGUUUUUUUUUAAUUUUUUUCCGACCUACCGACCUGUUUUUUUUUAAGUCAAAUCCGUAAACCAAUAAAUAAAAAAAGUCUCGCCUAAGUCGUAGCAUGAUAGUGAAACUAGAAGCUUCAGUUGAUUUUGGUUGUGAUGUUCUAGGUGUGUGAAAUUAGGAGAAGAUGAAAUCUCACAACUUGAAAGAAAUCGAAUUUUAGAGGAACGUUCACAAGGUGAAAGGGAGUACAAGGUGAGUGGUAGGUACAAGUGCAUGAUGGCAUUCUUGUGAAUGAUAUAAACAUGAAAUUUUCAAUGUAAAUUUUUCUACACGGCAGCCUGUGUACAAUAUUAUUAUAAUUGCAAGUACUCUACUGGAGGUGUAGGUAUUCGAUGCAUGGGUCACGCUUUUCCACCAUCGGUAGACAUUUUUCAAAAAUGUGACAAAUCUUGAAAAUUUCAGUGUACAUUUUUUGUUACUAACUUUAUCUGAACUUGCUGGAAAACUCAUUAUUCUCUAAUUUCGAUUCGAAAUCUGGUAUGACAUAUAUUGCUAUAUGUAAAUUUACGUAUAUCUCGCUGGAUGUUUAGAUACAAAGAGGCGAUCCAAUUGCUGAUGUUGAAUUUGAUCGUUCAAGUACAAAUUGCAGUCAACAAAGAAUUCAUCGGCAAGCAAACAUGGUUAGUAUAUAACUAACAGUGAGAUUCAUACGACGGAAUGUCGAAAUUGGAAUUAAAAUCCAUUUAAACAAAACAGUCGUGAUAUUAAUAUGGAAUAUCUGUUAUAAAUGGGAAUCACUAAAAGCCACAAACUUGUUUCUAAUCCUAAUGCAAUCCAGUGAUUCCAGUCUAUCUGAUAGUUUAACUUUAUUUUAGUCAGAUUUGCGGACACUUCCAGGCAAAGCGAGUUUUGGAGUUAGCUGAUCACUAUAUCAAAUUAGUGGUGGUUGACCGAUUGUGACAGAUUACUAUAACCAAUUAGCUUGAUUGCAAUUAUACAAUCUAUAUACUCCCUAAUAGUCAAUUUAUAAAAAUAUAUAAAGUGUUUUCUGUUCCUACUUUUAGAACCCGGAGUAUACAGCCAGAUUUGAUUUUUUUGUUAAUGAUGAUUGGACAAGGAGACAUCGAGUACUUAGAAGGUUUAUACAAGCUGGACGAAAGGUAUACAGUACCGUUUAUUCUUUAUAACCAUGUACAUUACAUGUGUCGUUACAGUUCAGCAUAAUUAAUACUUCAUUACUGAACAAUAGUUAGUAUAUAUAUGAAUUCUUAGUAAAGGGUUUUGUCAAUGCUAUGAUAAUUCAAUACAGUUUGGUCUUGGCACAUGCAAAAAUUAUAAUAAAACGGAUUUUUCUUGUCAAUUGCGCAGGUCAUCGUACGACGUCGUGCUACCCGUUAUCUUGAAUCUCUACAUCAGAAUUUAACAGAUAGUUUGCGGGAAGGAUCCUUUUUCCAAAGCAGCGCACGUUUGUAUCCUAUUUGGUUUCUUUUCAUCUUGUAUUUCUUCCCUCCAAGUUUUCGUUUAGCCUUACUAUUGGCUGAUGUGGGGGAACCAUGUGCACCCCAUAUCUUAUAUACAAUAAUACAAUAUCUUCUAAUGGCCCGUUCCUAACUGUAAAAUGUUAAAAUGUAUAAUGCGACAAAUAAAUUAUUUUAAAGGGAACAGGUAUAUCGCGUUUUUGAAAGAGUUGAUUAUGUAAACAUCGAUUUUGUAAUUAUGUAGGCACACAUCGUGCGAGAUCUGUUGAUGACAACGUUUCAACAACUUUUCUAUUGAAACCUCAAAUGGUCACACCAUUCUCGUUCCCCAUGUUUGCACCUGCUGAUGAGAAGGAUGACGGUGUAAGUUAUGUUUUGUACUCGCUAUAUACAGUACUUUUUAUGCACUUAUUAAAUAUAUAAUCAUAAUCAAUAGAAUGUAAGGUCUGGAACCUCGACAGAAGUACAAAAUAACUAUGUGUCGAUUCUUGUCAUGUGCGUCUUGUAUUCGCCAAGUUAACCAACCGUGAUGUCUAAAUUACUACUUUUGGUCCGAUUUUUACAGAUGAGAGGCCAAACAAUAGACAAUUCCCAUUAUAGACUAAUUUUAAAACUAGGCAAGGAGAUGUAAAUACAUCAUACAUCGUCAUCACCACAGCUAGAAAGAGCAUACAAAAAUGAGUAAAAUUGCAAAGUUUGGUCGCGAAAUGUUGUAAAAUGCGGAAAAUAUAGUCUUGCAAAGUUUGCAAAUUUUGUAUACUUCUGUACUAAUUUUAGUAUGCUCUUUCCGGGAAUAUACUUUUUUUUGACAAGAUAAAAAAUAGUCUAUAAUGGGAAUUGUCUAUUAGUUGCCGUCGAGCAAAGAUACAUGUAAGACUCAUGUGACGUGGAAGGACAAAAUGCUUGCAUAACCUACACCUAUUGCAGAUAAAAUUUAGACAGCGAGUUCUACUGACCUUCCAUCCUUGAUAGUUGACUAUCCAUCCUUGUAUUCUAAUAACUGCAUGUGUUUAAACACGCGACAAGUAAGAUAAACCGCUAUGGUGCCUCCUUGUUUUUUUUUGCAGAUUGCAAAUCCCAUUGGAACGCUACCGGUAGAGCCAACUGUUGUUCAUAUAGAACCAUACAUUCCUUUUUUUAAACUAAAGGUAAGUUUUAUACCAUGUACCAUUUAAAAUUUAAUGGAAUGAUGCACAAACAUGUGUAGGCAAUAAUCGUUUGAUUUCUUUACUUCCUAAGGUUCCUCAACAGUACACUUUACUUGGUUACAACCCUCAUGGUACUCAGUUGUCCGUUUCUGGUCACACCCCUAGAAAUGUUGCGAGACCUUUAAGAACCGGUGCAGAGGUGAGAACACUGUAGAUGUUGUUUUUGUCGUCGUCCUCCUCCUACUCGCCUCCUCCUCUCCUCUUCCUCCUCUUUCUCUUCUUCUCUAAGACC